CUGCUGCCGUCUAACCUUCUCGUCCCUGUUACGUCGUUCCUGUUCCACUCGACAGAAAAUUCCCGAUCGGGAAACCAGAUGGAAGCCGACGCCGCCUCCUCGCUCAAACCCCCGGCGCCAGAGGAAGCCUCACAAGAGGAUCCCUUGCCAGUGCACUUCUCCUCCUCCGGCGCGGCUGCCCCCGCGACCACGGUGACGUCUCCCGGGGCAAGGGAGGUGGCGGCGGCGAUGGAGGCAGUGGAGCGAGACGCCGCCGCCAUCGCCGAGAGCUACGCCUCCCUAUUCGCCUCCCUCCGCAUCACACUUUCCAACGUUACCUCGACGUCAGCCGAUAACAUGGAGUGCUUGGGCGAAGUCGUAGGCCGCCUCCAGGAGUCAGCACUUGAAGCGUCUUCCAGAGGCAAUAAGUACAUCCAUUCAUGCCUGAGGUUAAAUGAGGAAAUGCGAGGCUUGGAAAGCCUAAGUAUGCAGCUAAAGAUUAUGCGGAAGAUCGUUGAUUCACUAGAUUUGGCUGUUGAUCAGCUGCUCCACCUCCCGUAGUUCAUGCAUACUAUCAGUAGCUUCUACUCCCUCCGUUCCCAAAUAAUUGUCUUUCUAGCCAUCUCAAAUGAACUACAACAUACGGAUGUAUGUAGACAUGUUUUAGAGUGUAGAUUCACUCAUUUUGCUCCGUAUGUAGUCACUUGUUGAAAUCUCUAGAAAGACAAUUAUUUAGGAACGGAGGGAGUACAAGGUAACUACCACUUACAUGUGUUCUUGGCUCACUUGCUUUUAGUUUUUUGUCUAACAUGUACAGAUAUGCAAGAGGAAGUGCUUCAGUGCAUAUUUCCAAAAAAGAAACAACAAUAUUUUUUAGCAAAAUGAUAAGUUUUCAUUAUCCUAUUACUGAUUAUUCUUUUUCCAAGUUUUUGUGUGAUUUAGUAUCUACUUUGUGAACUAAAACCACGAUGAGUAAAUCGGAACAGAGGGAGUAGAAUGCAUGGAGUCACUGCACAUAUGCAUGAUAAUACCUUCUUGCCACCAUUAACUUAUUUGGAAAAUAUUGAAUGUUCUUAAUACUCUAGAACGGCCUCCUUACCAACUUAUACUGCAUAUAAGAAUUUUUUCGAAGUCAUACUCUUAUGAACUUUAACCAAGUUUAUAGAAAAUAUAUGAACAUUUAAUGUAGUUAACAGAUGGUUCUUAUAUGACCUCAUGAGUUUGACUUGGCAUAUGCCUUUAUUUAGGAUGCCUUGAAUAUUUACUUUUCACAUCAUUAAGAAACAUCUCUAUGGCGUGCAGUACUUAUGGUUGCAAAUUAAGUGCUGCAGGAACUUCUGAUGAAAUUUAUAUUCACCAAGUAGCUGUCACAUUUGAAGAGGCAACCAACUACUGUAAAUCUGAAGUGGUGUGUACAAGCAACGGAGAAGUUUUCCUCUUCCACUGACAUGACGAAAUUCUCCCAACUCUUUGACUUUAUUGUUCUUCCUUAUGUGUAUUUGGGAUCAAGGAUAUGUAUUUGUUGAGAAAUAACUAUUUGCAACUCUUCCAUCCUUUAUCUGCUUGCAUACCUGUGUCUCGGGUUGUGUUUGUGGAGUGGGUCAUUCAACCUAUGGACACAAAUGUUGUUUUUCUCUGUAAGAGGAAGAAAGAGCAAUAAAUAUACUUUAUUUUUAUAACCAUUAGCUUAUCUUACUUACGUUGCUUGCUUACUGUUGGAUUUAUUUCAGUGUGCUCACUUGUGAUUGUAUAAACUUAUCUAUGAUAAUCAGUUCUGAAUGUUUAUUUCUGCCAACAAUUUUAACCAUUCUCAUAUUUAAGUGAAUGAUAUCAAUAAUUGAAGGCCUAGGUGUGUUAUGAAGUGAAGCUGGAGAUAGUUCAUGACUUUUUUCACACCUGCACAGUGGAUCUAUGCAACUUGUGUUGAAGAUCCCAGGAGAGUGAAGCUGCUCAUCUAAAAUGAGCGCAGAGAAUUAAUUAUCAGUUAAUUGCCUCAAGUUGUGCUGCAACAUGCAAGACGAGUAACAUUUUUCAGACAUGGAUGACAAGGUCGUUGUGUUCAGGCCUUCCAGGACAUCAAUCCCUCAUCGUUCAGCAAUUGAGUACCUAAACGACAAUUCAAAUCUGCUCCAAUCGAUUUGUUUGGAUGGUGUUGGACAAAGACACAUCAUUUCAUUGGAUCAUAUAUCCUACCAUAUGUGCCUCUGCAUCAAACAACUCCGUCACUCUCCAUCCAGGAUCUUGCUAUCACGGCCAGACAGAGCAAUUAGGUACGCCAUGAUAUCUCUCCAAAUAAACUGACCUAUUUCUAUUUCACAAUUUUCUUCUAGAUGUGCAAACAUUCAUUUGGUCUUAUACAAAAUUAGUUUUAACGGUUUUGGCCAGCUCAUAAUUGUGUUAUUUCCUGUAAUAUUUUCCUGCCUAACAUCAUAACAUCAGAUGUACGAUCCAAUUUCAGCAGUUUGAUGAGAUACGAAGUGAGAAGAUGCAUCGAUGUUAACUUUUUUGUGCUGAAACGUGUCACUACGAUAAAUAUCAUACACUACAUGUCUUCACUUUGUCAUAUCUCUCUAAAUCAUUGUUGAAUUGUCCGCCGCAACGCGCGGGGGUAUCAUCUAGUCUCAAUAGAAAGCCAGGAGAUCUCCCCGAUCGCCGCCGCCGCAGCUGUACCACCUUUCCCUCCAUCUCGCCUCAUUCCUGCCGCCGCACGCCUGGCCGAGAUCUAGGCCUCCUACUUCAUGACAUGCACGAACAAGGAUGGAUUGAUGGGGUCUGGCGGUGGUGGCAAGCAUCGGCAGAUCGGAGGGCAAGGGUGGGUUGCGGUUCGUUUGCUAGGAGGAGAUCGGAAUCUUGGCGCCCAUGGAGGAAGACGCAGGUUGGCCCGGCCAACGAAGGCCUGUGAAUUGGUCUUUGUCCAGGUAAAGUUUGUCACUUUUGUUUCUCAUUUUGUGUCUUCUUCCCCAUGAAGGUCACCCGCGGAGAUUGAUUAAUAGGCAAUGCUAGGUUAACCACUUAUGUGAAACUUUUUACGUGUAUGCCUAGAUUGCUUACUCAACCUUGCUAACUCAACCACUUAAUGGUAAACUGAAGUAUCAAUCAUGCUUGUUGGCUUUUCUGUACGUGUAUGCCUAUUUACCUUGUGUAUAUGAUGACCCAUUGCCAGCCAUAGAACGGUUCUGAAUUUAAUUUUGUCAAGUUCAGUUCAUAUUUUAUUUUAUUUUCCAUGUGGCAUUUAACAACUACUAUGUAAAGUUCACUAUAAUGUUGCUGAUGAUAGAUUAGUGCACCAUAUUCUUAUAAGUUUAUUAGUUACCGCAGAUCGGUCGGCCACCACCGCUUUGACUUCUCAUAUAUACAAUCUCUGAUCAUUUAAGGUGAGCGAUUAGUUCAGGUCAUGUUACUUCCAACUAUAGCUUUCUCUCUGUUUAUAGUUCAGUAGUAGUGCAUAUACCAAUUCGGCGUUCUUGAUCAUAUCCAAAAUUGUAAUUUCCAUAGUAUUUUCUUCUGUUGUUACAACUAAUAAAUUUCGUGUGCUAUAUUAGGAAUGAAUACAGGUGCGUUGUCUGAUGAACAUAGUACGUAGGUGCUUUAGUUAUUAUGUCAAGAGGUAAUCCUAUUAUUCUAACUUGAUACUUUCACUACAUUCACUUCCAUGUUUGGUCCUGGGAUCAGCAUCACAUAACUUGGUGCUAACUCAUCUCAGAAAUCUACUACCAAGACUUGAGUCUAAUAAGAAAUAUAAUAACCUAUUGUGUUCAAUUGUUAAAUAUUAGAUAAUUUGUAGAAUUACAUGAAGGUGGAGCGGCGAGAAGAAACGACGAUUGUCAAAGGGGGGAGCCGGGGGGGGGGGGGCAUUCCGUUACUUCUUGCAAGGAGAGGCUGGUUAACAAGAAACAAUGAUUGCUGAGGGGAAAUAAGAGAGAAUCAGUUUGUCAUUGUAUGAAUGAAAUCCGUGUGCCAUCACUUCUUGCAGGGAGAAAAUGGUUAAGAAAGAAACGACGAUCUGCCAUCACUUCUACUAGCAGCACAUGGGCAACACACGGAAAGUAAAUUAAUAUUGGUGUAUGUAUUUUCUGUUCCUUACAAAAUUUCUAUUGGAGGCUUUAAACUCUAAAAUAAUGAAGCGAUACACUUUGGAAGUUCGUUUCCUAAAUAUUAUGAUUGGUCUACUGAAGCUAUCAGUUAUAGUAUACACUUUACUGUUCAUCUGGGAAUUACGCAACAAUGAGAUAGCUUAUUUUGGUUA